CACUUUGAAAGUACCUUUCUUAGCUACACAGACCAAGAAAGACAAGCAGAAAAAGAUAAAAAGCUUAUUUCUGUUCAUCAAUGGCGACCAUGACUCACGACGGUGGUACGGAGAGUGAAAAGGCUGCGAACGGAGACUCUACGGAGCAUGAGAGGUGUUCAAUAGAAGAGGUGGCGUUGGUGGUGCCGGAAACAGAUGACCCAACACUUCCGGUGAUGACAUUUCGGGCAUGGUUUCUGGGUUUAGCCUCAUGUUCGCUUCUAAUAUUUCUGAACACCUUUUUCACUUACCGUACGCAGCCACUCACAAUCUCAGCCAUUCUCAUGCAAAUUGGUGUCUUGCCCAUUGGCAAGUUUAUGGCGAGGACUCUUCCUAGCAAAGAAUAUAAAAUUUUUGGUUAUGGUUUUACUUUGAAUCCUGGGCCUUUUAACAUCAAAGAGCAUGUGAUUAUCACUAUCUUUGCUAAUUGUGGAGUUUCUUAUGGUGGGGGUGAUGCAUACUCAAUUGGUGCCAUUACUGUUAUGAAGGCUUAUUAUAAGCAGGGCCUCAAUUUUCUUUUGGCGCUCAUCAUUGUCUUGACAUCUCAGAUAUUGGGGUAUGGAUGGGCUGGAAUGCUUAGAAGAUAUCUGGUUGAUCCCGUGGAGAUGUGGUGGCCUUCAAAUCUUGCCCAGGUUUCGCUAUUUAGGGCACUCCAUGAAAAAGAACCAAAAAGUAAAGGCAUGACUCGAAUGCGAUUCUUCCUUAUAGCAUUGACAGCAAGCUUUCUUUAUUAUGCACUCCCAGGCUACUUGUUCCCAAUAUUGACAUUUUUCUCAUGGGUCUGCUGGGCAUGGCCUAAGAGUAUCACAGCUCAACAAAUAGGGUCAGGUUAUCAUGGACUUGGAAUCGGUGCAUUCACUUUAGAUUGGGCUGGGAUUUCAGCAUACCAUGGCAGCCCUCUGGUCACACCCUGGACAUCCAUUGUCAAUGUUGGGGUUGGCUUUAUCAUGUUUAUCUACAUAAUAGUCCCUCUGUGUUAUUGGAAGUAUAACACUUUCGAUGCUCGGAAAUUUCCGAUAUUUUCUAAUCAGCUGUUCACUAGAACUGGACAUAAGUAUGAUACUACAAAGGUCUUGACCCCAGAUUAUGACCUUAACAUUGCUGCUUAUAAUAGUUACAGCAAGCUUUAUCUUAGCCCUCUGUUUGCCCUGUCGAUUGGAUCAGGAUUUGCAAGGUUUACGGCAACUCUUACACAUGUUGCCUUGUUUCAUGGAAGUGAUAUUUUGAGGCAAAGUAGAUCGGCAAUGAAGAAUGUGAAAUUGGAUAUUCAUGCAAAAUUGAUGAAAAGUUACAAACAAGUCCCAGAAUGGUGGUUCUACAUUCUUUUGAUAGGUAGCAUCGUCCUAUCUUUAUUGAUAUGCUUUGUGUGGAAGCAAGAUGUGCAAUUGCCAUGGUGGGGUAUGCUCUUUGCCUUUGGAAUGGCUUGGCUUGUUACCCUUCCUAUUGGUGUCAUUCAAGCAACAACCAACCAGCAACCAGGAUAUGACAUAAUAGCACAGUUCAUAAUUGGAUAUAUCCUACCAGGAAAACCAAUUGCAAACUUGCUUUUCAAGAUUUAUGGGCGAACUAGCACCAUCCAUGCUCUUUCUUUCUUAUCUGACCUUAAACUUGGUCAUUACAUGAAAAUACCACCGCGGAGCAUGUAUGCGGCUCAGUUGGUGGGAACUUUUGUUGCUGGUACUCUCAAUCUUGCAGUUGCGUGGUGGAUGUUAGAGAAUAUCGAGAACAUUUGCGAUGUUGACGCACUGCAUCCUGAAAGUCCUUGGACAUGUCCUAAAUACCGAGUCACUUUUGAUGCUUCUGUCAUUUGGGGCCUGAUUGGACCAAAAAGACUGUUCGGACCUGGAGGAUUGUACCGGAAUUUAGUGUGGUUGUUCCUUAUUGGAGCUUUCUUGCCAGUACCAAUUUGGAUACUAAGCAAAAUGUACCCUGAAAAGAAAUGGAUUCCACUGAUUAACAUACCAGUUAUAUCUUAUGGAUUUGCUGGAAUGCCACCUGCAACUCCAACCAAUAUAGCGAGCUGGCUUAUCACUGGAAUGAUCUUCAACUACUUUGUAUUCCGAUAUCACAAACGCUGGUGGCAGAAAUAUAACUAUGUUCUGUCUGCAGCUCUAGAUGCCGGUACGGCUUUCAUGGGUGUGCUAUUGUUCUUUGCUUUGCAAAACGAAGGCAAAAAUUUGAAGUGGUGGGGUACUGAAAUUGAUCAUUGUCCUUUGGCUUCAUGUCCAACAGCUCCUGGUAUUGAGGUCAAAGGAUGUCCAGUCUUUACUUAAGAAAAUGUAGCAGUAGUAGAAGGCAGAAUUGGGUUUAGCUCCAAAAGAGGCAGGGGAAAUACGGUAGAGCAGGAAAAGAACUUGAAAUAACAACCCUUGUAUAUUUUAUACAGGCUUCUUUUCUUUACUUCCAUUGAAAGCGAAAGCGAUUUGUGCUUUCUGGUUUAGUUUUGGCGUCUUUGAUAAGUGUAAUAGAUUUGUAAUAUUUUUGUGCACCUCACAUAUAGUAAUAGAAUAGAAGCAUUUUCAUAACUUUAUUGGGAAUAAAAUGUUCAUCUCUGUUUGUGUUUA